AUGACCGUCGGCCAUCACCGCAACGGAUCAGAAGGUAGCGCGACGGUGGCUAUCAUGGGCAAUGCGUCGAGCAGCAGCGACAGUCGGUCGUGUACCGAACCUGAAGAUCUGCUGCCGCUGGAACACCCUCUGUUCCUUUACGUCUACCCAAUCAUCCUGUCGAUCUGCGUUUGCGCCAACACCGCCAACCCUCUGGUCUAUCAACACAAGUUCCUGCGUGCAUCACCCACCAUUCGCCUGUUGGCUACUAAGGCCAUUGCCAACACUCUGUGCAUCAUCAGCCUGAUCACCCGGUUCAUGCACUCCUUGCCGCAGGAGGCCCAGACGCGUGCGGCGGUCGCCUUUUACUGGAAAUCGCUGCCCUUCACGCUAUUCGCCAUCAAUCUCUUCGGCACCAUUGCCAUCAGUAUAAUUUUAUUGAUUGACGCUAUAUACUCGUUUCCAUUUCAUAACCGAGGGGCAUGCGCAUCGUCGAUCUCUAUCUGUGCUCCAUACCGAUUGAUUCAGCACUCAACCAAAUACCUUAUCGUAGUAAUCAGUCAAACAAUUCAUCGUAAAAACGCACGUGUCAGCUUGAAUCAAGCUGCAAUUGUUGAGUUUCUCAGCACACAACGGUUCUUAAUUAAGGAUUUCUUUUCACGAAGCAGUGGCUCAUCAUAG